UUUUAGCAUAUACUUUGUUUUGGUUUUUAUUGAGCGAGAUCUGUAUGGAAAGAUGCCUACCAACUUUAAUGUUGGCCUCCUGGGGCAUGUGGACAGUGGAAAAACCACUCUAGCUAAAGCCUUAAGCUCCGUUUCCAGUACGGCCGCCUUCGACAAAAAUCCCCAGUCCGUGGAGCGAGGAAUUACUCUGGAUCUGGGAUUCAGUGGAGUGCUGGCUCAGACACCCCAAGGAGACCCUCUUCAAUUCACCUUUGUGGAUUGUCCUGGACAUGCAAGCCUUAUCAGGACUAUUAUAGGAGGAGCCCAGAUUAUUGAUCUUAUGGUGCUCGUUGUAGAUGCGCAGAAAGGAAUCCAGACCCAGACGGCCGAGUGUCUGAUCAUUGGGGAGCUGCUGCAGAAGAAGCUGAUAGUGGUGAUUAACAAAAUCGAUGUUUUGGCAGCAGACCAACGGGAGAGUAAGCUGGAGAAACUGCGUUCACGACUGUCAAAGACCCUAGGUUCUACUAGCUUUGGUAGUCAGGUACCCAUGUAUAGCGUCUCAGCUUUAGAAGGCACUAAUAUUAUGGCAUUGCGUGCCGGCCUCAACGAUGCUUUCUUCCAACCAGAGAGGAACUUAAAUGCUCCUUUGUUAAUGUACGUCGACCACUGCUUCGGAAUCAAAGGACAAGGAACUGUAUGCACAGGCACCCUGCUACAGGGAAGAGUCCAAGUCAAUGACACGGUGGAGCUUCCAGCUCUGAAAGAGCAGCGGAAAGUUAAAUCCAUGCAGAUGUUCCGACAGAACGUUACCAGUGCCUCCAUGGGCGAUCGCAUUGGCUUGUGUGUCACCCAAUUCAAUGCCAAGUUAAUGGAACGCGGUGUGAUUGCUGAACCAGGAUACCUAAAGCCCAUCUACGCCGUGUGCCUGCAGCUUCGUCCAAUCCGCUAUUAUAAACAAUCAAUUAAAUCUAAUAGUAAACUUCACAUCUCCGUUGGACAUGACACUGUGAUGGCCAGCGUGACGCUGUUUCGGGAUAAUGAGAAGCACUCCACGGACUUCCAUCCAGAAAAGGAUUACGAAUUUAUAGAAGAGAUCCUUCCAGCGGAGGUGCCUGCAUCUGAUGUGGUUUUCGCCUUGCUGCAGUUCGAGACUCCUGCGUUAAUCCCUCCCAAUUCAAUACUGAUAGCUUCCAAAUUGGAUAUGGAUGUACAUAGCACCAGUUGCCGCCUGGCUUUUUGGGGCCGAAUAGCCUGGCAGACGCAAAGUUCCACCUGCGCUCAGGAUGUUUUGCCGAAACUGCGAAUCUUCAAGCGAAAACAAAAAGUUGGCGGCAUUCAGCGUGUUGUUACCGCGAAUGAAGUGAUUGUUCAUAAUCUAUUUAAGAAGGAAGCCAACAGAGACUUGUUCGUCGGCAAAUGGGUGGACUUAUCCACUGGAGAACGGGGCCUUAUCGAAAGAACCUUUGGACAAACCUCGAAAGUAGCUAUUAAUUUUCGAGAAGCCCUUUCCACAGAUACAAUUCAAAAUAUUAAGGAUGUAAAGGUGGUGCUUAAUUGUAAAAAAUAUGUUUUUAAUAAACAGGCGGGACUGUUCCAAUGAAAUUCC